CCAACCCCCGGUUAAACGACGAUGGAGAGGAGCUCGCGCCCUCGGUGAGGCCGAGCACGGGCGCCUGCCCUCCGGCCCCCGGAGACUCCCACCGCCGUCGGAUGCGCUCCGGUUUGGGCCGCUUACGGGGGGGAAAAACCGGGAGACUGCGCGACGGACUUCCAGCCGCCGCGAGAGUCGGGCCUGCUUUGUCGGAGCGGCGCGAGGGCCCCGUCUUUAUGACACGCGAGCCUAGUAGUGCUGCUCGCGCGACGACAAGCACCGCGUAGCCCGCGCGAAGCGGAGCUGCGAGAGAGGGGACGGAGUCGUCGCACGCAAAGACGCCCUUUCGAAAUUAAAUCCGCAAUUAAACAUACAAAAAAAAAAAAAAAAAAAAAAAAACCCUCAGAAACUGAGAAACUCCUGUCGGUGCAAUGGCUGCGAUCAUUAAAGAAAUUGUGAGUCGAAAUAAGAGGAGAUACCAGGAAGAUGGAUUCGACUUGGACCUUACGUACAUCUACCCAAACAUCAUCGCCAUGGGUUUUCCUGCAGAAAGGCUGGAGGGAGUGUACCGGAACAAUAUCGAUGACGUAGUGCGGUUUUUGGAUUCCAAGCACAGAAACCAUUACAAGAUCUAUAACUUAUGUGCAGAGCGACACUACGAUGCAGCGAAGUUCAACUGUAGGGUUGCACAGUACCCGUUUGAGGACCACAACCCCCCUCAGCUGGAGCUGAUUAAGCCCUUCUGCGAGGAUCUCGACCAAUGGCUGUCUGAGGACGAGAACCACGUGGCAGCCAUCCACUGCAAGGCCGGGAAAGGUCGCACGGGGGUCAUGAUCUGCGCUUACCUGUUGCAUCGUAGGAAGUUCAUGGAGGCACAGGAAGCUCUGGAUUUCUACGGGGAAGUGAGGACCAGGGAUAAGAAGGGUGUGACCAUUCCCAGCCAGCGGCGCUACGUGUACUAUUACAGCCAUCUACUGAGGAACCAGCUGGACUACAAGCCUGUAGCGCUCCUUUUCCACAAGAUGGUGUUCGAGACCCUCCCCAUGUUCAGCGGGGGCACCUGCAAUCCUCAGUUUGUGGUCUACCAGCUGAAAGUGAAGAUCCACACGUCGAAUCCGGCCCACACGCGAAGGGAAGAGAAGCACAUGUUCUUUGAGUUCUCGCAGCCACUUCCUGUUUGUGGCGACAUUAAAGUGGAGUUCUUCCACAAACAAAAUAAAAUGAUGAAAAAGGAUAAAAUGUUCCAUUUCUGGGUCAACACGUUCUUCAUCCCUAGCCCAGAGGACAGCCAGUCGAAGGUGGAGAAUGGCUCCGUGGUGAACGACAUCGACGGCAACUCCGCCCAGUGCCAGAGCUCUCCAGCAGAGCACGAGAGAGGCCUCGGAGGUGGCGGGGAGCGUGAGCGCGCGGCGGAGCGGGGAGGCCUCGGAGGUGGCGGGGAGCGUGAGCGCGCGGCGGAGCGGGGAGAUGCAGACCGGGAUUACUUGAUUCUUACUCUGACAAAAAAUGACCUCGAUAAAGCCAAUAAAGACAAAGGGAACAGAUACUUCUCUCCCAACUUUAAGGUGAAGUUGUAUUUCACUAAAACAGUAGAGGAGCCCUCGAUCUCGGAGGCCAGUACGUCCACCUCGGUUACUCCAGAUGUGAGCGACAACGAACCGGAUCACUACCGUUAUUCCGACACCACCGAUUCCGACCCGGAAAACGAACCUUUUGACGAGGAACAGCACACACAAAUCACAAAAGUCUGAACACUUUUUACACACACACACUCUUACACACACACACACACACACAC